AUGGAGUUUUGAUGUUCCAGCAGGUGCCCAUGGUGGAGGUGGAUGGAAUGAAGCUGGUACAGACCCGAGCCAUUCUCAACUAUUUUUCCAGCAAAUACAACCUCUAUGGGAAGGACAUGAAAGAGAGAGCCCUGAUUGAUAUGUAUUCGGAAGGUUUAGCAGAUUUGAAUGAGAUGUUUAUUCUCUACCCAUUUGACCCACCUGGGGUCAAAGAAGCAAACAUCGCCCUGAUGAAAGAGAAAGCAACCAAUCAUUACUUUCCUGCCUUUGAAAAGGUGUUAAAGAGCCAUGGACAAGACUACCUCGUUGGCAACAAGCUGAGCAAGGCUGAUAUUCACCUGGUUGAAAUGAUCUACAACAUGGAAGAGCUGGAUGCCAACAUUAUAGCCAACUUCCUCUGCCUGCAGGCUCUGAAAACCCGAAUCAGUGACAUGCCCACCAUAAAGAAGUUUCUGCAGCCUGGCAGCCAGAGGCAGCUUCCUGUUGAUGAGAAAAGCAUACAGAAGACAAGGAAGAUUUUCAAGUUUUAAGGAAAUGACAUGGACCCAGCACUACACCUCCAUGUUGAUCCUGAGAACUGUAAGACAGUGAGCUUUCUCACUUAUGCUAUCAA